GAAGACUCUCUUCCCUACUAAAUGUAGUCAUCCAUAGGAGCGAACAGAAUCAGUCUGAAUGUAGAGAAUUCAUUUUAAGUGAGUGGCUUCAAAUUGUAUGGCUUUUCUUCCAUCACCUCCAAUGGCCGUGGCGUUUUGCGUUAAGCUCGUUGUUCUGUUGGGGCUGCUGCUCGGACAGGCUCAGUCAGCGCGGUUAUACACUGAGGAGGAUCCAGUGGUUAUACUGAGCAGCGACAGCCUGAAGCAGACCGUGUUGAACUCCUCCAGCGCCUGGCUGCUUCAGUUCUACUCGUCGUGGUGCGGACACUGUAUCCAGUACUCGCCUACAUGGAAAGCGCUGGCCGGGGACGUGAAGGACUGGGCACAGGCCAUUCAGAUAGGAGUUCUGGAUUGUGCUCAUGAGAAGAACUUCGACAUCUGUAAGGAGUUUGGAAUCCACUUCUACCCCACCUUCAGGUAUUUUAAGGCACAUGAUACCACAAAUGAUUUUGGGAAGACGUAUCGUGGGGCUGACAGAGAGCUUCAGACAGUGAGGCAGUUGAUGGUGAACUUUGUACAAAACCACACAAAACAUGACUGGCCUGUGGGCUGCCCUCCCCUCGACCCCGCCAGGUCUGAGGAGAUUCUGUCCUUAAUGGGGAAGAAAACGGAGUUCUAUACUGCAGUUAUAGUUGAGGAUGAAGACUCUUAUAUUGGAAGAGAGGUAAUUUUGGACCUAAUGCCAUAUGAGGGUUUGGCAGUGAAGAGAGCUCUGAGCUCAGACAAACUUCUAAUGGAGAAACUAGGGAUAAGCUCAGUUCCCUCAGCAUACCUCUUCUAUCCCAACAGCACACACACUGUCAUGAAUGUUCAGAAGAGGCUACGCUUUUUCUUCUCCUCCUUCCUAAAACUCCUCCCUGGAGUACACCGGAAACAGUCCGCCUCGUCCCUGCAGCGUCCUCAGCCUGGGAAUAAUGGACAGGGAACCCAGGUGGAGUGGAAAGAGUUUGAAAAGUCUAAGGUAUACAUGGCAGAUCUGGAAUCUGGCUUGCAUUAUCUACUGAGGGUAGAACUGGCCACCCACAAGACCUUAGAAGGAGAAGAACUAAAAACUUUCAAGGACUUUGUAACAGUUGUCGCCAAGUUAUUUCCAGGUCAUCAAUCUGUAGUGAAACUUCUCGAGACAUUGCUAGAAUGGCUAGUCAGUUUACCUUUGGAGAAGAUCCCCUAUGAUGCUAUCCUGGACUUAGUUAACAACAAGAUGAGGAUCUCAGGGCUGUACUUGAGUGAGCAAGUGCAGUGGGUUGGAUGCCAGGGUAGCAGUGUGGCACUAAGAGGAUAUCCCUGCUCCCUCUGGACUCUCUUUCACGUUCUGACUGUGCAAGCUGCCAACCGACCCGAUGCUCUAGCCAACACUGGGUUUGAGGAUGAUCCCUUGGCAGUGCUUCAAACCAUGCGUCGCUACAUUGGGACCUUCUUUGGUUGCCGGGAGUGUGGGAAGCAUUUUGAGGAGAUGGCUCAGGAGUCUCUGAACCAGGUCAAGUCUGUAGAUGAUGCAGUUCUGUGGCUAUGGAGAAAACACAACCAGGUUAAUGCAAGACUGUCGGGUUCAAUGAGCGAGGACCCCAUGUUUCCUAAGACUCAGUGGCCAACUCCUGAUCUCUGUCCCACAUGCCAUGAGGAGCAAGAAGGCCUUCAUGUCUGGAAUGAACAGAUGGUGCUCACUUUCCUCAGACAACACUAUGGUGCCUCAAACAUCUCUCCAAAAUACUCCAGCAACAGCCAACCAGAACCAGGCCCUCCUGCUCCUGACAAACCCAAAGCCAUAACCAAACCUAACAGCAACCUUCACCUCAACCAGAACCUAAAGCCAUCUCCUGACAGCGCUCCUAAACAUCAGAAGAGGAGUGACACCAAUGAUGCAGGACAGAAGCACACCGGCAUCCAGAUAGAAGCCAGGCCAGGGAUGACGUUCCUGGGCCUGGGAUUCUCCAGCGUGGACAUGAGUCUCUGCGUGCUCCUCUAUGCCCUCUCCUGCGUCUUCCUCAUGUUCAUGUUUUUCUUCUUCCGUUUUCGUUCAAAGAGAUGGAAAACCAGAAACUACCGGCCUUACGUAUAGCAGCGGAAUACUGCGAUGGAAAACUCUGGAUAAGGUGAAUGUAAAAUAUGAAUCCCCUGCCAAGUGUUGAAGGAGACUUUUAAUUUAUUGAAUUACUUUUAUUUGUUUUGAUCUUGUUGUUGUUGAUGUUUUUUUUUUUUUUUUAAUGUUUUGUAAUGAAGAACUUGUCUAAUGAAUGAUGAAAGUUAAACUCGUGUACCAGGCCUAGCUGUGUGAACAAGCACCUGUUAGCGAGGAUUUCUCAACCCUAAACAGAGAGGAUGAUUUAACAGGAGAAGCUAUUUUACUAGCAAAAGUAACAACCUAGGUCAAAGUAUAUUUUUAUGAAUAUUCUACAUUAUUUAUAGAGAUUUUUAUUAAAAUAAUAUAUCCUAAGUUUCUCACAGGGUAUAUAUCAUUCUCUAUGAAAGUCACUCUGUCCCCAUAUUUCUGUUUGAUGGUCCAAAAAUCACUUGGGAAUAUGAUUUAUUCUGUCGCUCAAGGUCGCUAGCCGAGAAGCCAGUGACACUAAACACUGCCUGUCAAUGACCAGAUGUGGAAAAACCCUCGGUUUUAUCUGCAUGUGAAGUCACGAAAAGCGCUACACUUAAUUUUAAGCUUUAUUUCUUUCUUUUUAUUUUUAUUUUUACCUUUUAAAUCUUGUCAAAAUGCUUCAUAAUUGGUUGUAUUGAUGCAACUCGGCAGUAAGGGAUUUAUUAAUCUCUUUCAAAAAAUAAAAAUGUGUCAAAUUUUUAGACUCUUUGGUACUACGUUAUACAGAGCACAUUUAGUGAGUAAACCUUUAUUGAUAAGCCCAUUUUUUUGUAGAUUACAGAGGCUCUUUUGAAUUGGAAUUUAUUUAA